UACAGGCUGUUCCUGAGAGGGCUGCCGAGUGCCGACAGAGAUUGUAGCCAAGGGCAGACAGCAGCACAGUCGCCUCGCUUUCAACGAGUGAUCCGUGUCGGAGCUGCGCCGCGCAUCUGUAGCACAUCAUUGUUGAGACUUUCAGUGACAGUCAGGCUUUCUUUUGCUCCGUCAAAGACUGCGACAUGUUUGUCAGACUAUGGAAGGCGAGGACGUGACUCUGCGGGAACAGCUUUUCCAUGACCGCGUCCGGGAGACCUUAAUCUGUGUGCUUCUCUUCUCCUGCCUCUACAUCAUCUGCUAUCUGGUGGUGGUCCAUUACAGGAGGAUUGCAGAGUUUGCUACAGACAACGAUGAGGACGCCACUGUCAACAAGAUCGCGCUGUGGCUGUGCACCUUCUCCCUGACGGUGUCGGUGGGGGCGGUGCUCCUGCUGCCCAUCUCCAUCUUGUCCAAUGAGGUGCUGCUCUCCUUCCCCCAGAGCUACUACAUGCAGUGGCUCAACGGAUCCCUCAUCCAUGGACUGUGGAAUCUGGUGUUUCUCUUCUCCAACCUCUCCCUGGUGUUCUUCCUCCCAUUUGCCUACUUCUUCACGGAGUCGGAGGGCUUUGCUGGAUCCAAGAAGGGUGUGAUGGCGCGUGUGUAUGAGACGGCGGUGGUGCUGCUGCUGUUGACUCUGCUGGUGCUGGGGAUGGUGUGGGUGGCCUGUGCCCUCCUCCACGACACCUCGGCCCGCGAGAGCCUCUACGACCUGUGGGAGUACUACCUGCCCUACCUCUACUCCUGCAUCUCCUUGUUUGGGGUACUGCUGCUGCUGUUGUGUACUCCUCUGGGCUUGUCUCGCAUGUUCACAGUCACUGGCAGACUCCUUGUAAAGCCACGGCUCCUGGAGGAUAUUGAUGACAAAAUGAGCUGUGCCGUGUUUGAGGAAGCCGCCCUCUCCCGCAAGCUCAACACUGAAACAUCGUGUUGGAUAAAUGUGAAUAUGGACGUUCUGAAGAACCAAUUUGUGGCCAUAAAGGCACAGCGGGUUGCCCUGGAGAUGCGGAGGAGAGCGUCUCCAUGGCAGCGUAACCUGGGAUACCCUUUCGCCAUGCUCCUUCUGCUGGCUUUGACGGUGGUGUGUGUGUUGAUAGUGUGUUUCCAUGUGCUGGAGCUGUUGUUUGACGAGACAGCAUUGCCCCAAGGAAUGGAGGAUCCUCUGCUGGGUGCUGCCUCCUUCUCCAUGUUUGGCUCUUUUGGUGCUGCUGUUCAAGUCCUCCUUAUCCUCUACCUCAUGCUGUCCUCUGUGGUGGGCUUCUACAGCUCCCCUCUCUUCUCCACACUGCUGCCCCGCGCUCAGGACACCACACUCACACAGAUCAUUGGCAACUGUGUGUGUCUGCUGGUCCUCAGUUCCGCCCUGCCCGUCUUCUCCCGGACUCUUGGCAUCACUCGUUUCGACCUGCUGGGGGACUUUGGCCGCUACAACUGGCUGGGGAACUUCCACAUCGUCUUCCUGUACAACAUCCUGUUCGCUGGGCUGACGUCCGCCUGUCUCAUCAACACCCUCACCUGGGCCGUACAGAGGGAACUCAUGCGGGCCUUUGGCCUCCAUAAACUGCCCAUGAAGGUUUCUCGGUCCGCCAUCCCUCUGAAGCUUCUAUUGGCCAAUGGCCUGUCAAAGAUCCAGUGAGGAUGUCCCGGUGGCCUGAAGUACAGUACAGUACAAGACUACAGCAGACACGACUACUUUGGUAGUCUGGUAAACCAGCGCCACCUCCUUUUCAGCAGCGAGUGGGUCUGGCCUCGGAUCUGAGAACGUUUUGAACACUGUGCCCUGAGUCUGGCAAAACCAAUCACAACGGAGAGAUUUGUUUUGAAUCAAAGCGGGUGGGAUUUUGAGGGAAUGACGACGAAGCUCGCAACACCGUUGAGAAAGCACAUCAACGGCAAAGAUCGCAGAUUGGUCAGAGCGCCGGCACGGUUUGAAAAAACAACAGGUUGUUCUCAUCAACAAUCUUCGGAGGUAUCGUUCAUCGGGGCCAGACUACAUUACUCCGGUCUCACAUUUAGGCUGGUUUAUCAGGCUACUAUUUUGGCCUAAAGUACAGUGGAAUACAUGCCUCCUUCAGCAGGGUGUCUAUGCCUAUGGCAGGACGCCUAGAGGACCCCUCCCCACCCACGACAGCUGCGUCCUACCAAAGACACCUUACCGUGAGGAGCAGAUGGCGGUAGCUGAACACCUUACCGUAAGGAGUAUCAUCGACUUUCAAAUCUCUUCGAGGACUUGGUCUGACCAAGAGCAUAACAAUUAACCUUUCCCAAACGGUAUUUCCCAAAUGGCCUCCCUUGGUUUGCUAAUGAUUGUUUGCUUCCCAACAAAGUGGGAGGAGUUCCCGUAUUUGAGGGAACUCAGAAAGUACUUGCAUUGACUCUUGACCUGACUGGUAGCAACGCUGAUGCUGUUGCGUCACUAGGAGGGCACGGCCUGGCUAGAUGGCGGUAGCUGGACACCUUGCCCUGAGGUGCAGAUGGCGGUAGCUGGACUUUGUGUUGACAUGUUUCUUUUUUCUACUUUACAUAUUUGUGACAGUUGGUCAGUUGGCCAACAUAUUUUGCUGGACUUGUUUUGUUUUUGACCAGAGCCUGACUAGCUCUGGUGGCACCUGACCCGAGGACUUCACUUUGUACUGUAUUUAAAAAGCAAUAAGCUGUCCAACAGCAGGGACCAGCCAAGUCAAUCAGUGUGCCCUGAUGUUAGGGACUGGACUGGAGCAGGUGUCUGAUGUUAGGGACUGGACUGGAGCAGGUAUCUAUGGUGAAUAUGAACAACUGCAGAUCGUGAGAUCUAUCUCUGCCAAAAUGAGAUUAAUGAAUGUGUGAAUGAAGUGGAAUUUAGUCAUACAAAGGGAUCAUUGCUGGUGUUUUUCUUUUUUUUCUUAUCGUGUACUACUCACAACCUCCCUUUGAGUGAUAUAUUUUUUUGACAAAAGGUGUGAUUACUUGGUUUAUUAAGUUUGGUUUUGAAAGUAAAUUAUUGUUCCUUGUCCACCAAGUUUCUCCAGAUGACAAAUUAGUCAUACUCUUAAGAUGAUGGGAUUUGUUGAACCCAGUAGUGUCAGUGGUUCGUGUUAGAUAAAAAAAUGGUUUUAAAAGUUUGGUGGCUAAAAAAAAUAUCUAAUGACAAAAAUAUCUAUUUCUUCUCCUGGGCUUACUCUAGCAGCUAAAACGUACUACAGCUAAAACAUAGUUUAGAUAAAUGUAUCCAAUUAGAAUCAGCUGUCCCUAAUAUUUCUUGUUACUACAGAUGAACAUCUCAAUAUUGUGUACAUCACACUUUUAAUUUUAAUUUAAUAUUUUUGUCCUAGAUUUUGCCCAUAGCUGUGCUCAUUUUUUUAUCUGACAAGUGUUUUCCUGUCGUGAACUUUCAUUCUUACUGACCAUGUGAGAUAUGCAAAUAAUGAACUGGAAGAACCGAAUUGCAAGAGAUAUUCUUGUGUCCUACAUGCCUUUACCAGUAAUGUUAUUUGCCUAUAUUAGAGCAUCAUAUUUUUGAAUCUCAUCUUAACAAUGUAUUAUCCAACUUUUCAACGUUUAUUCAGAUAAUAUACAAAGGAGGCUCAAAACCUGAAACAGGUCAAAUACAGUAUAUGUGACCAAGUGAAAUGAUAUAAAAUGUUUACAGUUGUAGUGGGUGUUAUGGUUUAUGGUUCUUAUUAGCUUUUAUAUUUAUGCUUACGUGCCUCCACCAGUCUACAGUAUAUGUACAGAAUAUUCAGUAUUUUUAUUUGUGUGUGUGUGUGUGUGUGUGUGCGUGCGUGCGUGCGUGUGUGCGUGUGUGUCUGUAUGUGUGUGUCAGAGUAUCUGAGUUUAUGAGAGAUAUUGUAUCUUCAUGUCUAUGUGCAAUGCCACUUCACACUGUAGUGACAAUCAGUACUUCCCAAUGCGGAUCGUGUCACCUCCACCAGCUCCAAUCAGUACUUCCCAAAGCGGAUCGCGUCACCUCCACCAGCUCCAGUAGGAUUGUGAUGUGCCUCUGAGAGGGUCUACCUCCCUCCACCGCGUUUACUUUACAAUCAAAUGUUAGCCUGUAACUCUC